AUGCGACCUAUCAAUGUUACUCNCAUAAUUGCUGAUGAGCUCUUAACUACGGUGUACAGCAACGUUAAGAUCGCAGGACCAGCACGAUUCAAAGUAGAUAAUCCAGUACGCGUGAGCAAAUUUAAAACAUUAUUCAAUAAAGGAUAUAUACCAAAUUGGACGACCAAAGUAUUUAAAAUCAGUAAAAUACAAACGACCUAUCCUGUUACGUAUCUGCUUGAGGAUUCACAAUCUGUUGCUGGAGGAUUCUACGAAUAUGAACUGCAUCGCGUUGCACAUCCAGACGUUUAUCUCGUGGAAAAAGUAUUACGCAAGAAAGGUGACAAAGUUUAUGUGAAGUGGCUAGAAUUAAACGAGACAUACAACUCUUGA